UGUGGGGCCAAGCGAAUUCAUCAUGCUUCCAAUGACACGAAUCGCAAUGCUGAUGAUGGUCGCUAUAGUCAGCUCAAUAUGCGCUGCAACCACGCAGGAGCCAACAACAAACGCUGCCGCAAAGUCGACCGAAGCUCAUGGAGCCGAACAGGAUGAGCAACACGAACGUUGGGUUAUGGUGAGUCACCAGGAGCUGAAAGAACUGUUAGGGAAUUUGAGUUCACUGGUGAACGCAACGCACUUGGAUCUGUUUGAAAAUGGCACCUUAGCAGUUGUACCAACAGAACACAACGAAGCUAUGACCGAAGGGGGGUCGGAAAACUAGACAAUGAAUUUAAAUGUUCCAGAACAAAUGAACACCCUGUAAACUAGUAAAUACAUGAAUCCUCACUUUGCU